AUGCACAUCACUGCCAUGCAAGAGAAGGACGACAAGGGCGAAGUCAAGUACAUCCAAGAAUCUCGGUUGACUGGACUUCUCACCCACGGAUUGGUGUUGGCCUGCAUCUUUGCUCUCUCGGUCAUCAAAUUGAUCCCUCUUCCCGUUCUAUACGGUGUCUUCUUGUUCAUGGGAUUGGUCGCUUUGCCAGGCCAACAGUUCUACCAACGAUUCAUCCUUCUUUUCCAACAACCAAGCAAGAUCACCAAAAACCACUACACGUCGCAUGUUCCCAUGAACCGCAUUCACAAGUACACCAUGUUCCAGCUCCUUUUCUUCGGCAUCGUUUGUGUUGUCCGAGAAAUCAAGUCCAUCUCGAUUGCUUUCCCAGUGAUGGUUCUGUUGUGUAUUCCAGCACGCUUGUACUUGCACCCCAGAUUGUUUUCGGAGGACGAAUUGAUUUUGAUGGAUGGAUCUCCAGAAGAGAUUGAAAACUGGCUGCUCAAGAACGACCCCGAAGGAGAGGCUGUCGAGAAGCCAAGUAAGAGCGCACAAGACGAACACAUUGCGCAAAACGGGCUCAAGCUUCCCGAUGAAGAAGUCGCAAACGCGUAA